UCGCCCCGAACAACAGCAUGUUUUAUCCUUAUAAUAGUGGAGAAAACCUUUCCUGAUUCAUUUUCAUACCUAAAUUUAAAAUCUAAAUAUCUCCCUCUAGGCAAGCCAACAGUCGCUAAUAUUUUAACCUUGUUAGUUUGGCGGUGAGAGUUUUCAUUUGACCCGAAUAUGUCCUAUCUUUUUGAUUAUCAAUACAAACACCUCCAUUAUCAGAGUAAAUGUCCUUGGUAAAAAUGUCCUUUAGAAAUGGUCCUUAGUGGUGUGAUCCUCCGAAAAAAUGUUCUCCAUUAUCAAAAUGUCCUUUUACUAAAAGAAUGUGGGUAUGACUGUAGGUGUGUGUGUGGAUAUUGGUCUUUCACUCACCCACACCGACACCCACUCAUAAUGAAUAUUCACUUGAAGAAGACGAUGAUGUUGUCUCAUCUAUCAUAAUAUCUUGUGAUUCCAUUUUAAACAAAUAUUUGUUUUAGUUAUUUAUGAAAUAUUAUUUAGGCGUAAGUAAUCGUAGUUUACUAAAGUUUUCUUUCAUUCUUAUUGAUUCAUUUUAUAUAGAAAUCCUCUAUAUGAACAACUUAAAUAUGUUGAAAUAUGUUUGGAUUACAGUGUUAUCUACGUGUCGAGUGACAUGAUAUUUAAAAAAACAAUAAUUGAGAAAGAAGGACAUUUUUUACAUUUGAAACCAUUUCUCAAGGACACUUUCGCCAUGGACAUUUAUUCUGAAAGACAUUUUUUCAAGGACGAAAUCUGGAGGACAUUUUUUAUGAGAACGAAAAUUCGGGAGCAUUUCGUCAAGGACAUUUUCUAAAGGACAUCCUGGACUGUAUUCGACGCAAAGACCUAUGGUGUAUAGAUUCUCUUGCGAAAUUGGAUGUAAGCACGAGUAGCAAAAAACUUACGCUCCAAAAAUGCAAAAAAAUGUGACACAACGUGAGCUGAUAUGAAUCGAGACUCGGCGAAAAAUGAAAACUGCGUUAUCGAAAGCGCAGAAAGAAAAAUAUGCAGAAAGCAAGUACUGGUCGGAAGAACGACCAAAACAAUACAUCUAUUGAGAUUGGAUGAGGAAUGAAUCAUUUCAGCAAUCGAUCUUUUCGUCGAUGAAGAUGAUAAUGCAAUUAGAUUUAGUUUGCCGACGCGUUUCAUAUCUUCAUUAGAGUCUAAUUUUUCAAGGCAUUGCACAAAAUGUUCAAUCAAACAAAAAGUGUAAAUUAGUGAAUUUCAGAAGAAGUUAUAACUAAUUUAUCUAUUCACAUUUUCAAUUCGACAUUAUCGAACAAAUGAAUAUUUUAAAUAAAAAGAAAAAUUAUUUUUUUCUAUUUCAACUCUACAUUAGUUACUAGUGAUAUCUAAUAAGAAUAUGGGUUUGAAAUAAAUAGUUUAUCUUUGUUUUUCAUAGUCAAAUAUAUCAAUGUUUCCUUUAGCAACACUCAAUGUUUAUUUAUUUCUGAAUCCUUCAAGCGGUGAAUGUAAUAUUGAUGAUUUAAGAUCGAUUCUGAAACCAUUUGAUCUUUGUUUACUUGCUGAUCAAGAAGUUUUCAAUAAUGAGAGAUUGGACGAAUGAACUAUAAGUUCUUCAUUCCUUUAUUCUAUAUAUGAUGCAGACGGCCAACAUAGUUUUGAUAAUGCUAUAGCAUCUCGUUAUCCGUUUGAAUCAUGUAAAAAUCAAAAUGCAAGUUUCUUUUCUGAUGAUGGAACAAGAUCAAUUCUUAAAUGUCAUCUACAUGAUGAUCAUCCAUGUAUUGAAAAUCAUUUAUUUACUGUAAUACAUUUAGAUCAUUUAAAUGACAGUAAUCGAUUAAAACAAUCGAAAGCAUUCACUCGAGAAAAAGAUUUUAUUGGUAUACUUCUUGGUGACAUAAAUGCAUUAACACGAGAUGAUUAUUCAGAUGAUUAUUAUAAGAAAAAUAUUGUCUAG